AUGCUCAAUACCAAACCUCUGUUCGCGAAAGGUGUCGUACUGAAUCGGAAGAUGCUGACCCAGUCGCAAUUCUCGCAGAUUCAGUUCUCUGCGGUGUUGAACAACUAUACCAUGUUCUACAACGUGGCCAAGGCAGUCAACUUUGUCGAUAAUGCCACGGUUCAACUCAGCACCGAUGGUGUGAAGUUGGUCGUCGAGGAUUCGAAAAGCGUUCAAGCUACGGCCUACAUUACGAAAGCCUGCUUCUCGGAGUACAAAAUAGCCCAACCGAAGCGCAAGCUGGGCGUUAACGAGGAAGCUGACGAUAAUGAAGUGUUGACCUCGUUCGGGCUCAACUUGAAGGUCUUUACCGAUUGUCUGAGUAUGUUCAUGGACGGAGAUUACGAUUCCAGUAUGAAAAUGCUUCACAAAGGGGAAGGUGCCCCGUUGGUUGUGAUCCUGGAUCGGCGCUGUGAAGAUAAUUUAAUAACGGAGUGUUCGGUCAAAACGAUGGAAGCGCUGGAGAUUUUAGAUUUCGAUUCCGAAGAGGAAAAGGUUUGCAGUAAAGUAAGCAUUAAGGGUCAAGACUUUUUCGCUUUACUGUCCGAGAUGGAUAGGAAUAGCAGGGAGAUUGAAGUGUUCCUAUCACCGGACAGCCCCCACUUCAAGUUCUCCACAUAUGAUGAGCUAGGCUCCGAGUCGAGUUUCGAAAUCACCAACAGUAGCGACAUGUUGAUCUCGUUUCACAGUACGGAAACAACCAGCCAUCGAUAUCAGUUCGCCCAUUUUAAGCUGGUCAUGAAAACUCUUGCACUGGCUUCAAAAAUAGCCCUCCGAACCAACAAGGAAGGCCUGCUGGGACUACAGGUGAUGAUUGAAAAUUCCGACAAUUCAAACAUUUUUGUCGAGUACUUCGUUGUGCCGCUAUGUGACGGAGACGCCGACGACAGUGUUGUCUCUUGCGAUUGAAUUAAAUGUUGCCUCAUUUGAUAAUUUUA